CACAGUUGACCAAAAAGCAAAAACCGUGGCCAAAGCUUUGUGGAAUAAUUUUUUUGUUCACUAUGGCCUGCCAGAGCGAUUGCAUAGUGAUCAGGGCCGAGAUUUUGAGUCCACCCUGAUCAGAGAGCUAUGCAAUCUUCUUGGAAUAAAAAAAACAAGAACGACGCCUUACCAUCCACGUGGCAACCCUGUGGAAAGGUUUAACAGGACACUCCUUGCCAUGUUGGGCACCUUGCAAGAGGAGGAGAAGUUAAGGUGGAAAGAUUUUGUGCAGCCAUUGGUGCAUGCCUAUAAUUGCACGAAAAAUGACACUACAGGAUACUCACCUUAUCAGCUCAUGUUUGGGAGACAACCAAACUUACCCAUUGACAUUGCAUUCGGACUCAACAAGCAAAGUGGGAGGGGCGACACACAUUGUCAGUAUGUGAAAGGCCUCAGAGCAAGUUUGACAGAGAGCUACAAAAUUGCUAUUGAACAUAGCGAAAAGACUGCCUCUUACAACAAACAGAGGUUUGACACUACGGUCAGGGAGUCUAAGCUUGAAGUGGGAGAUCGUGUGUUAGUGAAAAAUGUUGGUCUCCGUGGUAAACACAAAAUCUCCAACAAGUGGACUAACACUGUUUACAAAGUGAUCAAACAGAUAGAAAACCUCCCUGUUUAUGUAGUAACUCCAUUUGAUGCCGAGGGUCCAGAAAGAGUCUUGCAUAGAGACUUGUUACUGCCCUGUGGUUUUCUGUCAGUUACAAAAGACCAACCUGAGCCCAGAAUCCAAAACCAACUGAGGAAAUCAAAAAGACUACGGUCAAGUGCAACAAACAGAGGCGCUGGAAAUGAAAUUUCAGAGGAUUUGCUGUCGGACAGCAAGGAUGAAGACGCCGAAUAUUACUACUAUCCUCCCAUAAAAAUGGUGACUGAUGUUGGAACCAGAACAAAUGAAGAACCGGACGAGGACAUGCAAACUGAACCUGAACACCAUAUGUUGGACACAAAUGAACUUGCCGGUGAGAGAACAGAACCUGGCAACGCAGGAUUGGAUGUGACAAACGAACAUGUUUCAUUGCCACCACUUAAUCCUGAAGCUUCACCAUUUGAGCCACAAGAGCCAAAAGAGACCAUCUCAGAAGAGAAGCAGCUCAGGAACCACCAUGAAGAGAAUGUUGAAGUGAGGAGAUCUACAAGAGAAAGAACCCAUCCCAAGAGACUGACCUAUCCAUCCUUAGGGAACCCCCUUGUGGUAGUUAUGCAGUCUUUACUGGGUGGCUUAGACAAAGCACUACAAGUAGCCCUUGAAAGUGACUUGUAUGCCCCUGUGUUUGACGUUUAGUAGAUGUUGACAUGCAGGGACGCAUGCAAUUAAUGGGGGGGAGGAUGUAACCCCCAUAUAUGUUUGUAAUAUUAUUGUGGGUAGUAUUUUUUAUUUUGUUCUUAUUGGAUUUUGUCUUGUAAUUUAAUGCACCAGCAAAUCGGUUUCUAUUUUAAUUUUGGGUUUUCUUUUUUCUACCAGAAACCGCCUGUAGGUGGCUUGUGAGUUUACACUCUGGU